AUGGCCUUGAAACCUGAGGACCCCUGUAGUGGAUUUCGGCAUAGCAAGGUGGUGGCCUUCAUCAACGAGAAGAUGGCCAGGCACGUGAAAGGCCCUGAGUUCUACCUUGAGAAUCUAACCUUGUCCUGGGAGGAAGUGGAAGAUAAGAUCAGAACCAUCCUGGAGGACAGUGAGAUGUCCAGCGAGGCCCAGGAAGCCUGCGCCUGGGGCAGCCUGGCUCUGGGCUUGCGCUUUGCUUGCAGACAGGAGCACUUACAGGGGCACAGGGUGCAGUGGCUGCAGGACUUCUCCAAAUUGCACAAGUCAGCCGCCCAAGCCUUGGCCUCAGAACUGAAGCAGCUCACGAUGCAACAAGAGAUGGAGCGCAAGGAAGCUGCUUUCCAACUAUGGCUGACCCAGGCCAAACUGGUGGAAGUGCAGAAAGAGUGUGACCUACUAAAGUGGAAGCUGCUCCAGGUGGAACUCAGGGCUCCCCCAGAGCAGGUUGCAGAGGGGCCAAGCCUGGCUGCUGCUAGAGGGGCAGGGACUGAAGGAACAGGAGAGAUGGAAGAGACAACAGCAGCUACAGAUGAUGCCACAGGAGGAGGAAGAGGAGGAAGAAGAAGAGAGGAGAGUAAUGCAGUGGGAGCUGCCCCCAUGGAGGCUGAACAGGAGCUGGGUGGGAACUUCCUGCAGCUUCUUGGAACUACUGAGCCAAAAAAUUACACCUCUGGUGGGCAGAGGGAGGGAGAUCCUGGAUCCAUGGAAAAUUCCAUGUUUUCUCUCUCUGGGACCCUGAAUCCCCUGUUCAUAGCCUCAUCAGAACCCCUCCCUGUUCAGCUCCCUGCCUCAUUCUCUUACUCAUAUUCAUCCCCUUUGUCCCCAUUCCCAGCCUCACCCUCACCCUCACCAUCUCCACCAACAGCCAUGGUCACAGCAUCUGCUCCACCUCAGAUGCUUCCCUACAGCUCAGCCUUUGAUGUUAGCCUGUGGUCUGAUAUGGGGGCCCAGGGAUUAGACCCUCCAGAAACCCUUAAUAGGAAAGACUUUGAACUCCACCAGCCAAGAAAACCUCGGGUUUUUCGCAGGCCUGGGGAUUGGGACUGCCCUUGGUGUAAAGCUGUGAAUUUUUCACGAAGGGAAAGUUGCUUCCGCUGUGGGAGGGGAAUCUGGCUGCAAAGCCCUUAG